UAUUUUUAGCAAAUAAAUCCAUUUGUUCGCCGGAAUAUGCUCCCUUCUCUUAACGUCGAUCACCUGUUUUUCUCUUUCCCUCUCUCUCUAUUUUUCUCAACUAGGAAUCAACCAUGAAUCUCCCAUCAUUCUCACUUCUCUCUUCUAAUUCUUUCAUGGAAUUUUCAGGUUAGAAGAAGAUUCCGGGCAGAUUAUCUGUUGAUUCGAAGAAUACCGAAUACGCGUUUGAAAUUUCUGAAGAAUUAUGGGAUACUUGGACUUGGCCUUGUCGUAUUCCAACCAGCCGCAGACUGUUGAAGCUCCAGCGAGCGGAGGAGGUCUCAGCCAGAAUGGAAAAUUUAGCUAUGGAUAUGCAAGCUCCGCUGGCAAGAGAUCAUCUAUGGAAGACUUUUUUGAAACUAGGAUCGACGGUAUCAAUGGAGAAAUAGUUGGUCUAUUUGGAGUUUUUGAUGGCCAUGGUGGAGCCAGAGCAGCUGAGUACGUGAAGCGCCAUCUUUUCAGUAAUCUGAUCACCCACCCAAAGUUUAUCUCUGACACCAAAUCAGCUAUAACUGAUGCUUAUAACCAUACAGACUCCGAACUUCUCAAGUCAGAAAAUAGUCACAAUAGAGACGCUGGUUCUACUGCGUCUACAGCUAUUCUUGUUGGUGACCGUUUAGUUGUUGCAAAUGUUGGUGAUUCUAGAGCUGUUAUCAGCAGAGGCGGAAAAGCCAUUGCUGUGUCAAGGGACCAUAAACCGGACCAAAGUGAUGAACGUGAAAGGAUUGAGAAUGCUGGUGGAUUUGUGAUGUGGGCAGGAACUUGGAGGGUAGGAGGAGUUCUUGCAGUUUCUCGUGCGUUUGGUGAUCGGCUUCUGAAGCAAUAUGUUGUUGCUGAUCCAGAAAUCCAGGAAGAAAAGAUUGAUGAUACUCUUGAGUUUUUGAUUCUAGCAAGUGAUGGACUGUGGGAUGUUUUCUCUAAUGAGGCAGCAGUUGCAAUGGUAAAGGAAGUUGAAGAUCCCGAGGACUCAGCGAAAAAACUGGUGGGUGAAGCAAUAAAGAGAGGAAGUGCAGAUAACAUCACAUGUGUUGUCGUUCGUUUCUUGGAGAAGAAGUCAGCUUCAUCAAGCCACAUUAGCUCUUCCUCCUCCAAGGAAGCCAAGGAAAUGCCUCCACUUGGAGACCUUGCUAUCUCAUCGAAUGAAGCUAAGCAAGUCCAGAUCGGCUCAGGGAACAAACCAGAGAAUGUAACGAAUCGAAAACCGGACACUGCAAGUCGCUCAACUGAUACACUGACCCUUGAGAGGAAUUCAGUGACCGACAAGGUAUAAAUAGCGAUUCCCUCUAUUCUCUAGGAACUAAAGACAGUGUUCUCUUCCCUCAAACACGGCAAACAAACUUACUGAUCGUUGAUCGCGUUUGCAUUUAGGAUUGAAGAUGUAUUUAAUACGAUUGUUUUAAGUUUAUGAUUACGUUUGUGUGUAUAUAAUACAUGCAUCGACUUUUGUAUUUGUUUAUGUGUAAAUGUUUUAAAUUUCAUGAUAGUUUAUUCAAAAAAUAAAAAUGAGGUUUGCGUUUGACGUUUUCAUCUAGCUUUGUAUUUGAAAUUUGUAAAUAUUACUUGAUUAAGAAAUUAAGAAUGUUGUAUUUUUUCAUUAUCAAA